CAAAACUACAUUCCAGCAAGUACCCGAAUAUAUUCACCUCCACCCCUCACAACAUUAUUUUCCUACACCUUUCUACACCAGGUGGACCAUACACCAGACAACAAGAGUUGGCUACACCGAAUUCAUUUACCGCACUUAACUGAAUCAUCGAAGAAUGGCUCCCAAGCAUUCUGGCAAGUAUGAUAAGCUCACAACCAUGUACAACUGCUUGUGCUCGGGGGCCUUCUCCGACCUUACAAUUACCUGCGGCAGCGAGACCUGGAAAGCCCACCGAGUGGUAGUGUGUCCCAAAUCGUCGUUUUUCAGAGCAGCCUGUGUUGGAAACUUCAAGGAAGCUGCCACUGGGGUUAUAAACCUUGAAGAAGACAAUCCAUUGAUGGUGCAGUUCAUGAUGGACUACUUGUACACGGACAACUACCUCGACUUCGGUCAGGUGCCUCCCACUGGGUGUCCCAGCAAGCCAAUCAUUCAUAUACAGAUGUAUUCCCUUGGGGAUAAAUAUGAUAUUCCAAGUCUACGCCACAUAUCGACCCGCCAGUAUCGAGCCUCUUUGCGAGACGGAGAAGCGAGUUUCGAGGAAUAUUUAGCUUCUAUCCCCGAAGUCUAUCAGCCACUAGCAUCAAACGGUUUACGGAAAGCAGCAAUCAAUCACGCAAGGUUGGAGUUGAGCAAGAGUACUUGUUCGGACGAGUCAAGGUCUAUGCUCAAGCGAGUCAUGAAAGAGAUCCCGGAGUUUGGCUCUGACCUGAUUGAUGCCGUUCUCGCUGCACCGGUUCCAGGCAUGUGCGAAGAUUGUAGAGACGAUCAUAUGCAUGGGGAAAAUCUAGCCAUAUGUCACGUUUGCGGCGUUAUCAUUGAGUAAACAUCACAAGAAUAUUCAAAUACGCAUCGGAACUGGUAGAAAUUAUGCCAUGACAUUGUCCUUACAGCCUAUAACGCCUCCUUUAAUAAGAGAC